AUCACUGUGGCAGUUCUCCACCCCUGCAGCACAUCACCUCUUCAGCAGAUUUUUUCCAGUCAUGGGGAAUCGCUCUUCAUCACCUGAACCUCAACAUGGCUCCUCUCCUCCACCGGCUCCACUUUUAACAACUCCAUGGAGAGAAAUAACAUGGGGAAACAAAGAGGAACUUCUGCAGUACAUAAAGAAUUUUGAACCUCAAAAUAAAGAAGUGGAAGCCAUCAGAGUUUUACUCUAUGGACCAGUCGGUGCAGGAAAGUCCAGCUUCAUCAAUUCCGUCAACAAUGUCCUGCAAGGGAGGAUGACCCAGGAAGCUCUGGCCAACAACACAACCAAUGAUAAUAGUUUCACAAAAGAGGUCAGUACAACUUCUU